ACCGGAACCUGCGCCUCUCUCCGAGUCCGCGCGCGCUCCCAGUGCCCAAAGAGUGCCGGAGACAGACGGACUCUGCGGGACUGCUGGAUCGGCGGUCUGACGAACAGGCAGUCCACAUUUUGUGAUGUGGCCACGCGGACAGGACCUCCGUGCGCUGUGAUGGACGAGCUCCAAGUGCCGCAGGUCACCAUCACCCCGGAGGAAGGCGACUCCUCCCGGGAGGUGCAGCAGGAGGAGUACAGCGAUGCGGCCGAUUGCAACCUGCAGAGAAAACUGUCCAACUCGUCCAUCUCGUCCACGGGCUCCUCCGCCGUGGAGUCAGAGGACGAUUUACUGAGCGACAACGAGAGCAGGAGCAAGGGCAUCGUGACUUUGGAACACCUGGUGGACACCGGAGAGUGCAAACCAUGGUGGAAGUUGAAGACGGUCGUCCACUGGCCUUUCAGCGCCUCCCAUAGGAGAAGGUUAAACUGGGUGCAGCUAGCCGGACAUAAAGGUAACUUCAAAGCUGCAGAAGAGGGCACGAUCCUCAAGAGGUUUUCUGAAAAUGAGAUGCAGUGCUUCAAUAAGUUGAGGGGCGACGCGCUGCUUCCUUUUGUGCCAGGUUACCACGGCAUCGUGGAAAAAGACGGCGAGUCUUUCCUCCAUAUGACCGACCUGCUGGCAAACUUUGACCUUCCAAAUGUCAUGGACUGCAAGAUGGGAGUAAGGACAUACUUAGAGGAAGAGCUGGUUCGAGCACGGGUACGCCCAAAGCUGAGGAAGGACCUGUACGACAAAAUGGUGGAGGUGGACAGCAAUGGACCGACUGCCCAGGAGCAUUCCCAGCAGGCCGUAACCAAACCUCGCUACAUGCAGUGGAGAGAGACCUUGAGUUCCACCAACUCACUGGGAUUCAGGAUAGAAGGGAUCAAGAAAAGUGACGGCACGUGUCGAACUGACUUCAAGAAAACACGCUCGAAAACCGACAUCGCUGAGGUGUUCAAAGACUUUAUCGGAGGGAACGUAAAUGUCGUGAAAUCUUACCUGAGCAGACUUGCAGAGAUCAAGGAGGCCCUGAAAAAGUCAGAGUUCUUUAAAACACACGAGGUCAUUGGAAGCUCUCUGCUCUUUGUGCACGACCACACAGGAAAAGCAAAGAUUUGGCUGAUUGAUUUUGGCAAAACCACGGUGUUACUGGAUGGUCUGACCUUACACCACGACAUUCCGUGGCAGGAGGGGAACCGGGAGGACGGAUACCUGUUUGGGCUGGAAAACCUCAUCCACACACUGCAGUCUGUAAAUAACAGAGAGAGCACACGUGAAACAUGUCACUCCAUCAUCAAAGAAAACAGCCAAAUGUCACAGCCAUACGGUCAGUGACCUUUUUGAGGUGCACUAGUGGGAAAAGCUAUUUUAUUUAGGUGGUUCAGUCUUUGCGGUCUGAGCGAUGUUUAAAUCAGUGCAACAGGAAAAUAAGUGAACAUUGUGUGCAGCGUAAGAAGAUUCUUCUGCAAUUGAUUUUAUUUGGUACAGAAAAUUUUUUCUACUGACAGCUACAGAAAUCAGGUGUUGGACACGUAACAGCAAAUUUUUCAUGAGCUAACAAGCAAAACUGACACAUUAUUCAAGUUCCUACAAAAUGCACAGAAAUGAAAGUGGAGAUAAUCUGCAUUUCACUUUCAGGGACUUGAAGAGUUCUCGUUAAAAAGUCAAAGAAAAAGUGAGUGUGAGUCACAAUGUCAGUUUGUACCAGCUGCUCCCCAAUAAGUGGGGAGAAAAUUUGAAGUGCAACAAAACUAUUCAUUGAAGAUUGAAAGCUUGUACUUUAAAAUGUACUGUAACUUAAAAAAAAAAAAAAAAAAAAAAAUCAGCUGGGGUUCUUCUUAUUAUUUAUCCAUUAAUGGUAUUUGGGGUAAAAAAUUGGA